AAACUCUGCCAUUCUCCAUAGCCCGCAGUGCCAAGCACACUGAGAAAACCCAGCACGAGUGUAUAUGAGAGACAGAGAGAGCAAGUGACAAAGUAACUAAUACAACCAGAACAAAUAGACAGUGAGGCUUCGUGCCUCGAGAAAGAACGAGAGAGUACACGAAUACGUUCAAGUUUAGUUAAGAAAACGUGGUGGAAAACUUUUCUGGGCUGUGGCAGAAAGCUGUGGACCGCGGAAGAUGCCAGAGCAAAGGUGUUGAGCUUUCCAGGAAAGAAGGGCUGGAAGGGCUGACACGGUCCACGCUAGGGGACAGGUGAAGAAGUAACACAUUUAGAGAUGGCUGAUGAGCAGGACACAAGGGAAGUGCUUUUCCCACAGUGGAUGGGCCCUGAUAAGCAUGGGCUCACCAUAGAACAAAAAGGUCAAGGAGAGAUUUUUGUCAAAGAGGUGAAAGAUGAGUCCCCUGCUGCACAUACUGGGAAAGUAUAUGAAGGUGACCAGAUUGUGGGGGCCACCAUUUACUUCGACAACAUGAGCUCAGAAGAGACAUCUGAACUACUAAAGACUCUAAACCGACAUAAGGUUGGACUAAAAUUACAAAACAAGACUGGAGAAAAGUCACCUUGCCGUUCUCCAAUGGGGACAUUGUCAUGGGAAGGACGUGGAGGGUUAGGAGGCUCUAGUUCAGACAUUUUCCUGAGUGGGGAUGAUGAAGACUAUAAGAGAAUCUACACUAAGAAAAUUAAACCUAGACUAAAGUCUGAGGAUCUUGCUGAGGGUGUUGAUGUGCGCACAGAACGUCACAGCAGCACAAGCAGUGAUGGUUGCACCAUUACUACAGUCACUCGUCGAAUAACUACCUACACUGUGGAUGUGCCUGGGGGGACUAGUCAGCAGAUUGAUCACUCAAGCCCCGAGUUCAAAAUUCAGGUCUUGCAGCAUGAGCAGUCGGAGGGGGAUCCUACUCAAAUCAGAUUACCACAUAGAAGCCUUGUUAGUGGUGAACACGGAGGUAUAAAAAUGGGGGACAUAUCUCUUAGCGGGCCCCAUAUCAUUGGCUCCUCUGUGAAGCACUGUAGCACAGGAUCUUUCAAAACAACAAGUGAAUUAGAUGGUAGUGGGAAAGAGAUUACAAUUAAUGUGUCGGACACUGGACUGUCAGGUGGAAAAGGACAGAGGGUGAUAGAACAUUUUGGAAGGACUGAAGCUUCUGCAGGCAGUAGUGAUCACUCUGGCAAAGUAACCAUGGGGUUAGACAAAGACGUGAAAAAUAUUUCUUCUCCACUGGAAGCUGGUUUUAAAGCUUCAAGUAUGAUGGGAGGAACUGCGUUUUCUACAGUAAAGGGUCCUGUUCUGGACACUCGUGUUUCAGGUUUUUCCAUUAGUGGAGAGACAGGGGACAGUAUUGGCAGGGAAUCUUUGUCUAAACUGCAUAAGGAUGGGUCUGAUGAUAAAACCAAAUUGUCUAAAGUUACCAUAGAUGUUCAAAGACCCAAGGAAGGUCCAAAUGUAGAAGUGAAUUUUAACAAUCAAAGUCUUAAAGAUGUUAGUCAGAGAGGUUUGAGCAUAACUGGCAAUCAGGAAAUUUCAGCUCAGGAACCUGAUAGAGUAGUAAGUCUCCCCAAAGCUGAUGUUAAAAUCACACCACCAGAUAUGGACAUCAGGGGUCCAGAGCUUAAAAUUGAAGGACAUAAGGGUAUAGUCAAAGAUGUCAAAUUUGAUGUGCCAUCAAUUACUGGUCAAAUAAUUUCUAUGCCCGAUGUGGAUUUGAACCUGAAAGGACAAAAAGCGAAAGGAGAUGUUAAUGUGUCUGUUCCAAAUGUUGAUGGGAAUGUUACAACAUCAAAAGUUGAAAUUAAAGGACUAGAUGUUGAGGGUGUCAAAGGUGACUUAACUGUUCCAAAGGUCAAAAUACCUUCAUUUGGAAUAAAACCUUCAGAAGUGAAGGGUCCUGAUGUUGAUGUAAAUCUUGCGAAAGCCAAAAUGGAGAUUAAAGCACAAGAUGUGGAUAUCAAGACUCCAGAGCUUUACAUUGAGAGAUCUGAAGGAAAAGUCAAGGAUCCCAAAAUCAAAAUACCAUCAAUCUCUGGUCCUAAGAUUUCGGUGUCUGACGUGAACUUAAAUGUAAAAGGGUCAACACUGAAAGAUGACAUCAAUGUGUCUGCUCCAAAAGUGGAAGGAGAUGUUAAGGCACCUAAGAUUGAAAUUGAAGGCCCAGAACUUCAAUGUGCUGAUGGUGGUUUUAAAAUGCCAAAAAUCAAAAUGCCUUCAUUUGGAAUCAAAGCUUCAAAAGUGGAGGGCCCUGAUGUUGACGUAAAUCUUUCCAAAGCUGACAUGGAAAUUAAAGCUCCAGAUGUGGACAUCAAAAAUCCAGAGCUUGACAUUGAGGGACGUGAGGGAAAAAUCAACGGCUCCAAAUUCAAAAUUUCUAUGCCAGAUGUUGACCUCAAUCUGAAAGGUCCAAAACUGAAAGGUGAUGUUGAUGUGUCUGUUCCAAAAGGGGAAGGAGGUAUUAAAGCACCAAAAGUUGAGAUUGAAUGCCCUGACAUAGAAGGACCUGAUGGUGGUUUUAAGAUGCCAAAGAUCAAAAUGCCAUCAUUUGGACUGAGGGGUCCAAAAGUAGACAGUCCAGAAGUAGAUGUGAAAAUUCCUAAAGCCAAUAUUGAAGUUAAGGCACCAGAUGUGGACAUCACAGUUCCAGAGUUUGACAUUGAAGGACCUGAGGGAAAAAUCAAGGGCCCCAAAUUCAAGAUGCCAUCCAUCUCUGGUCCAAAAAUGUCUAUGCCAGACAUUGACUUCAAUCUGAAAGGUCCAAAACUGAAAGGUGAGGUCGAUGUGUCCGUUCCAAAAGUGGAAGGAGAUAUUAAAGCAUCAAAAGUUGAAAUUGAAGGCCCAGACAUUGAAGGACCUGAUGGUGGUUUUAAGAUGCCAAAAAUGAAAAUGCCAUCAUUCGGACUGAAGGGUCCAAAAGUGGAGGGUCCAGAUGUUGACGUGAAGGCACCAGAUGUGGACAUCAAAGCUCCAGAGUUAGACAUUGAAGGACCUGAGGGAAAAAUCAAGGGCCCCAAAUUCAAGAUGCCAUCAAUCACUGGUCCAAAGAUUUCUAUGCCAGAAAUUGAUUUCAACCUGAAAGGUCCAAAACUGAAAGGUGAUGUUGACGUGUCCAUUCCUAAAGUGGAAGGAGAUAUUAAAGGACCAAAAUUUGAAAUUGAAGGCCCAGACAUCGAAGGACCUGAUGGUGGUUUUAAGAUGCCAAAAAUAAAAAUGCCAUCAUUAGGACUGAAGGGUCCAAAAGUGCAGGGUCCAGAUGUUGAUGUGAAGGCACCAGAUGUGGACAUCAAAGAUCCAGAGUUAGACAUUGAAGGACCUGAGGAAAAAAUCAAGGGCCCCAAAUUCAAGAUGCCAUCAAUCGCUGGUCCAAAGAUUUCCAUGCCAGAUGUUGACUUCAACCUGAAAGUUCCAAAACUGAAAGGUGAUGUUGAUGUGUCCAUUCCCAAAGUGGAAGGAGAUAUUAAAGCACCAAAAGUUGAUAUUGAAGGCCCAGAAAUUGAAGGACCUGAUGGUGGUUUUAAGAUGCCAAAGUUCAAAAUGCCAUCAUUCGGACUGAAGGGUCCAAAAGUGGAGGGUCCAGAUAUUGAUGUGAAAAUUCCUGAAGCCAAUAUUGAAGUUAAGACACCAGAAUUGGACAUCAAAGCUCCAGAGUUUGACAUUGAAGGACCUGAGGGAAAAAUCAAGGGCCCCAAAUUCAAGAUGCCAUCAAUCUCUGGUCCAAAGAUUUCUAUGCCAGACGUUGACUUCAACCUGAAAGGUCCAAAACUGAAAGGUGAUGUUGACGUGUCCGUUCCAAAACUGGAAGGAGAUCUUAAAGCACCAAAAUUUGAAAUUGAAGGCCCAGACAUUGAAGGACAUGAGGGUGGUUUUAAGAUGCCCAAGUUCAAAAUGCCAUCAUUCGGACUGAAGGGUCCAAAAGUGGAGGGUCCAGAUAUUAAUGUGAAAAUUCCUAAAGCCGAUAUUGAAGUUAAGGCACCAGAAUUGGACACCAAAGCUCCAGAGUUUGACAUUGAAGGACCUGAGGGAAAAAUCAAGGGCUCCAAAUUCAAGAUGCCAUCAAUCUCUGGUCCAAAGAUUUCUAUGCCAGACGUUGACUUCAACCUGAAAGGUCCAAAACUGAAAGGUGAUGUUGACGUGUCCGUUCCAAAACUGGAAGGAGAUCUUAAAGCACCAAAAUUUGAAAUUGAAGGCCCAGACAUUGAAGGACAUGAUGGUGGUUUUAAGAUGCCAAAAAUGAAAAUGCCAUCAUUCGGACUGAAGGGUCCACAAGUGGAGGGUCCAGAUGUUGAUGUGAAAAUCCCUAAAGCCAAUAUUGAAGUUAAGGCACCAGAUGUGGACAUCAAAGCUCCAGAGUUUGACAUUGAAGGACCUGAGGGAAAAAUCAAGGGCCCCAAAUUCAAGAUGCCAUCAAUCUCUGGUCCAAAGAUUUCUAUGCCAGACGUUGACUUCAACCUGAAAGGUCCAAAACUGAAAGGUGAUGUUGAUGUGUCCGUUCCCAAAGUGGAAGGAGAUAUUAAAGCACCAAAAGUUGAUAUUGAAGGCCCAGAAAUUGAAGGACCUGAUGGUGGUUUUAAGAUGCCAAAGUUCAAAAUGCCAUCAUUCGGACUGAAGGGUCCAAAAGUGGAGGGUCCAGAUAUUGAUGUGAAAAUUCCUAAAGCCAAUAUUGAAGUUAAGGCACCAGAAUUGGACAUCAAAGCUCCAGAGUUUGACAUUGAAGGACCUGAGGGAAAAAUCAAGAGCUCCAAAUUCAAGAUGCCAUCAAUCUCUGGUCCAAAGAUUUCUAUGCCAGACGUUGACUUCAACCUGAAAGGUCCAAAACUUAAAGGUGAUAUUGACGUGUCCAUUCCAAAAGUGGAAGGAGAUAUUAAAGCACCAAAAGUUGAAAUUGAAGGCCCAGAAAUUGAAAGACCUGAGGGUGGUUUUAAGAUGCCAAAGUUCAAAAUGCCAUCAUUCGGAAUGAAGGGUCCGAAACUGGAGGGUCCGGAUGUUGAUGUGAAAAUCCCUAAAGCCGAUAUUGACAUUAAGGCACCAGAUGUGGACAUCAAAGCUCCAGAGUUUGACAUUGAAGGACCUGAGGGAAAAAUCAAGGGUCCUAAAUUCAAGAUGCCAUCAAUCGCUGGUCCAAAGAUUUCUAUGCCAGACGUUGACUUCAACCUGAAAGGUCCAAAACUGAAAGCUGAUGUUGAUGUGUCCGUUCCCAAAGUGGAAGGAGAUAUUAAAGCACCAAAAGUUGAAAUUGAAGGCCCAGAAAUUGAAGGACCUGAUGGUGGUUUUAAGAUGCCAAAAAUGAAAAUGCCAUCAUUCGGCCUGAAGGGUCCAAAAGUGGAGGGUCCAGAUGUUGAUGUGAAGGCACCAGAUGUGGGCAUCAAAGCUCCAGAGUUAGAUAUUGAAGGACCUGAUGGAAAAAUCAAGGGCCCCAAAUUCAAGAUGCCAUCAAUCUCUGGUCCAAAGAUUUCUAUGCCAGACGUUGACUUCAACCUGAAAGGUCCAAAACUGAAAGGUGAUGUUGACGUGUCCGUUCCAAAACUGGAAGGAGAUAUUAAAGCACCAAAAGUUGAAAUUGAAGGACCUGAUGGUGGUUUUAAGAUGCCAAAAAUGAAAAUGCCAUCAUUCGGCCUGAAGGGUCCAAAAGUGGAGGGUCCAGAUGUUGAUGUGAAGGCACCAGAUGUGGAAAUCAAAGCUCCAGAGUUAGACAUAGAAGGACCUGAUGGAAAAAUCAAGGGCCCCAAAUUCAAGAUGCCAUCAAUCUCUGGUCCAAAGAUUUCUAUGCCAGACGUUGACUUCAACCUGAAAGGUCCAAAACUUAAAUGUGAUGUUGUCGUGUCCGUUCCCAAAGUGGAAGGAGAUAUUAAAGCACCAAAAGUUGAUAUUGAAGGCCCAGAAAUUGAAGGACCUGAUGGUGGUUUUAAGAUGCCAAAGUUCAAAAUUCCAUUAUUUGGAUUGAAGGGUCCAAAAGUGGAGGGUCCAGAUAUUGAUGUGAAAACUCCUAAAGCCGAUAUUGAAGUUAAGGCACCAGAAGUGGACAUCAAAGCUUCAGAGUUUGACAUUGAAGGACCUGAAGGAAAAAUCAAGGGCCCCAAAUUCAAGAUGCCAUCAAUCUCUGGUCCAAAGAUUUCUAUGCCAGACAUUGAUUUCAAUCUGAAAGGUCCAAAACUGAAAGGUGAUGCUGACGUGUCCAUUCCAAAAGUGGAAGGAGAUAUUAAAGCCCCUGAUGUGGAUAUCAAGGGUCCAGAGCUUGAUUUUGAGGGACCUGAGGGAAAAAUCAAGGGUCCCAAAUUCAAGAUACCAUCAAUUUCUGGCCCAAAACUUUCUAUGCCUGAUAUGGAUUUCAACCUCAAAGGUCCAAAACUGAAAGGUGAUGCUGACAUGUCCGUUCUAAAAGUGGAAGGAGAUAUUAAACCACCAAAAGUUGAGAUUGAAGGCCCAGACAUUGAAGGACCUGAGGGUGGUUUUAAGAUGCCAAAGAUCAAAAUGCCAUCAUUCGGACUGAAGGGUCCAGAUGUUGAUGUUUCAAUUCCAAAAGUUGAAGGAGACUUUAAAACACCAGAUGUUGGUAUCAAGGGGCCAAAACCUGACAUAGAAUUGCCUGAAGGAAAAAUCAAGGGCCCAAAUCUCAAGAUGCCAUCAGUAUCUGGUCCUGAAGGCCCUAAUGUUGAGGUUAAUUUUCCAGAAACAAAUGUGAAAAAGCCAAAAUUCAAAAUGCCCAAGUUUGGAUUUAAAGGGCCAAAGAUUGAAGCACCCGAUGUUGAUGUCAAACUUCCGAAAGGAUCUAAAGUGAAAGGUCAAGCAGGUGUCAGUUUGGAGGGUGAUGUCAAUAUGCCAAAAGUGGAAGUUGAUUCUUCAAGUAUAGAAGUUAAAAGUCCAGAGGGAGGAUUCAAGAUGCCAAAAUUUAAAAUGCCAAAAUUUGGUUUUAAAUCACCCAAAGGAGAAAUUGAUGUCAGUGUACCUAGUGGUGAUGUUGGUUUAAAUUCACCUGAUAUUGACAUCAAAACUCCUGAUCUUGAUGUUGAAGGACCUGAGGGACAAAUCAAGGGCACCAAAUUCAAAAUGCCUUCUUUAUCUGGUCCAAAGAUUUAUAUGCCAGAUGUAGACCUCAACUUGAAAAGUCCAAAAGUCAAGGGUGAUAUUGAUGUUUCUGGACCCAAGAUUUCAGGUGACAUAAAGGCUCCAAAAAUGGAUAUUGAAGGACCUGAUGUUGAUGUAGAGGGCCCAGAAGGUGGCUUCAAGAUGCCUAAAAUCAAAAUGCCAUCAUUCGGACUAAGAGGUCCUAAAGUGGAGGGUCCAGAUGUUGACAUCAAUCUCCCCAAAGCAGAUCUUGACAUUAAAGGACCUGAAAUUGAUGUUAAAGCUUCUGGUCUUGAUAUUGAGGGACCUGAGGGGAAAAUCAAAGGUCCCAAGUUCAAAAUGCCUUCCAUAUCAGGUCCAAAGAUAUCUAUGCCAGAUGUCAGCAUAAAAGGCCCCAAAGUCAAGGGUGAUAUGGAUGUUUCUGUACCAAAUAUUUCAGGGGACAUAAAAGCCCCAAAAGUGGGCAUUGAUGGUCCUGAUGUUGAUAUAGAGGGCCCGGAAGGUGGCUUUAAAAUGCCUAAAAUCAAAAUGCCAUCAUUUGGACUCAAAGGUCCUAAAGUGGAGGGUCCAGAUGUUGACAUCAAUCUCCCCAAAGCAGGUGUUGACAUUAAAGGACCUGAAAUUGACAUCAAAACUCCUGAUCUUGACAUUGAAGGACCUGAGGGGAAAAUCAAAGUGCCAAAAAUCAAAAUGCCAUCAUUCGGACUAAGAGGUCCUAAAGUGGAGGGUCCAGAUGUUGACAUCAAUCUCCCCAAAGCAGGUGUUGACAUUAAAGGACCUGAAAUUGACAUCAAAACUCCUGAUCUUGACAUUGAAGGACCUGAGGGGAAAAUCAAAGGUCCCAAGUUCAAAAUGCCUUCAAUAUCAAGUCCAAAGAUCUCUAUGCCAGAUGUCGACUUAAAUCUUAAAGGCCCCAAAGUCAAGGGUGAUAUGGAUGUUUCUGUACCAAAGAUUUCAGGGGACAUAAAAGCUCCAAAAGUGGACAUUGAAGGUCCUGAUGUUGAUAUAGAGGGCCCAGAAGGUGGCAUCAAGAUGCCUAAAAUCAAAAUGCCAUCGUUUGGAUUCAAAGGUCCUAAAUUGGAGGGUCCAGAUAUUGACUUUAGUCUUCCCAAAGCAGAUGUUGACAUUAAAGUACCUGAAAUUGACAUUAAAGCUCCUGAUCUUGACAUUGAGGGACCUGAGGGAAAAAUCAAAGGUCCCAAGUUCAAAAUGCCUUCCAUAUCAGGGCCAAAGAUCUCUAUGCCAGAUGUCAACUUAAAAGGCCCCAAAGUCAAGGGUGAUAUGGAUGUUUCUGUUCCAAAGAUUUCAGGUGGCAUAAAGGCACCAAAAGUGGACAUUGAAGGUCCUGAUGUUGAUAUCGAGGGCCCAGAAGGUGGCUUCAAGAUGCCUAAAAUCAAAAUGCCAUCAUUUGGAUUCAAAGGUCCUAAAGUGGAGGGCCCAGAUGUUGACAUCAGUCUUCCCAAAGCAGAUGUUGACAUUAAAGUACCUGAAAUUGACAUUAAAGCUCCUGAUCUUGACAUUGAGGGACCUGAGGGAAAAAUCAAAGGUCCCAAGUUCAAAAUGCCUUCCAUAUCAGGGCCAAAGAUCUCUAUGCCAGAUGUCAACUUAAAAGGCCCCAAAGUCAAGGGUGAUGUGGAUAUUUCUGUACCAAAGAUUUCAGGGGACUUAAAACCUCCAAAAGUGGACAUUGAAGGUCCUGAUGUUGAAAUAGAGGCCCCGGAAGGUGGCUUCAAGAUGCCUAAAAUCAAAAUGCCAUCAUUUGGACUUAAAGGUCCUAAAGUGGAGGGCCCAGAUGUUGACAUCAAUCUCCCUAAAGCAGAUGUCGACAUUAAAGGACCUGAAAUUGACAUCAAAACUCCUGAUAUUGACAUUGAGGGAUCUGAGGGAAAAAUCAAAGGUCCCAAAUUCAAAAUGCCUUCCAUAUCAGGUCCAAAGAUCUCUAUGCCAGAUGUCAACUUAAAUCUUAAAGGCCCCAAAGUCAAGGGUGAUAUGGAUAUUUCUGUACCAAAGAUUUCAGGUGAUCUAAAGGCACCAAAAGUGGACAUUGAAGGUCCUGAUUUUGAUAUAGAGGGCCCAGAAGGUGGCAUCAAGAUGCCUAAAAUAAAAAUGCCGUCAUUUGGACUCAAAGGUCCUAAAGUGGAGGGCCCAGAUGUUGAUAUCAAUCUGCACAAAGCAGAUGUUGACAUUAAAGGACCUGAAAUUGACGUUAAAGCUCCUGAUCUUGACAUUGAAGGACCUGAGGGAAAAGUCAAAGGUCCCAAGUACAAAAUGCCUUCCAUAUCAGGGCCAAAGAUUUCUAUGCCAGAUGUCAACUUAAAUCUUAAAGGCCCCAAAGUCAAAGGUGAUAUGGAUGUUUCUGUACCAAAGAUUUCAGGUGACCUAAAGGCACCAAAAGUGGACAUUGAAGGUCCUGAUGUUGAUAUAGAGGGCCCAGAAGGUGGCAUCAAGAUGCCUAAAAUCAAAAUGCCAUCGUUUGGACUCAAAGGUCCCAAAUUGGAGGGUCCAGAUAUUGACUUUAGUCUUCCCAAAGCAGAUGUUGACAUUAAAGGACCUGAAAUUGAUGGUAAAGCUCCAGAUCUUGACAUUGAAGGGCCCGAAGGUGGUUUAAAACAUGUUAAGCUCCCCAAAUUCAGAGGUCCCAACUUUGGAAUAAAGCCUUCAGGUGGCAGUCUUUCAAUGCCUGAAAAAGAUAUAGGGGCGAGUAUUGAUGUCAAAAGCCCUGAUGUCAAUAUCAGUGAACCAGAUGCAAAUAUCAAGGUGCCAAAAAUGAAAAAAUCUAAAUUUUCGCUUGGAGUCAAGAGCCCAAAAUUGGAUGCAGAUAUUCCUGAUGCUGGUGGUAGUGUAGAAGGGCCUGAUAUGAACAUAGAUGUGAAAGGAAAGAAGGGUAAAUUCAAGUUGACUAAAGGGAAGGGGAAGUCUAAAACCUUUGAUGGCGAUAUCAAGUUGGAGACAAAUGAACCUGACAUACAGAUGAAGUCAACCAAAGUAAAGAAACCUUUUUUUGGAAAGUUACAUUUUCCUGAUGUGGAAUUUGACAUCAAAUCUCCAAAAGUUAAAGGUAGUUCAUCUGCAUCUGGAACUAUAAAAUCGAAUGUUGAUUUGCCUUCUGCAAGCCUUAGAACUGAUAUUCAGACACCAGAUGCAAGUUUGGGUGGUCUCGAUUUCAAAACAAAAGGGGGAAAAAUCAAAAUGCCAAAAGUCGGCAUCUCUGGCUCUGAGAUAAAAACUCCUGAACUGGAUGUUAGAGAUGCAACAUUAGAUCUUCCGCAAAAGUAUUUUCAUUCCCCAGAUGUCAGUGUAGCAGGAUCAGGCAUUAAUGGAAAAGGCAGGGCUAACAUUGACAUAGAAGGUAAAAUACAGGAUGUUAAGUUGACAGUGCCUGCUGUAAAUGUCCAUGGUGGUGCUUUAGAUGCUGAUUUAAAUCUCACUGAACAAAAAGGAGUAAAAGGGAGCAUUGAAAUACCAGGCUUUAAUGUAAGAGGACAAAAAGGAGAGACUGCAAGUGGGUUAGACAUGAAGCCAGAUGCAUCAUUAUCUGGUGUGAUGGAGUACCAAGAUGUUAAUGUAACCUUUCCCAAAAUCAAAGUACCAAAGUUUGGUGUUGCAUUGCCUAAAGUAGGUGGAGGAGAGAUGGGAGUUGAUGUAGGUUCAUGUGAAUUGGCUGCUGGUUCUAAAGUUAGUUCCCAAAGUCUGGAAAUGGAGAACACUGAUAGGAAAAGCAGUGGUGGAAAAGUGAAAGUCAAAAUGCCAAAAUUAUUUGCCAAAUCUAAAUCUAAAGGUGGCAGUGCAGCUGAUCUUACUGUUGAGGGAGAAGGUGUUGAUGUUACAAGUAAAGGUGGUGCAAAGGUGUCUAAGGAGUUGAGCCUUAGUUCUGGGGAAUUGACACGUGGCAAGUUAGCAGUAGAGGGAAGUUCUGGGUUUAAAGUUUCACCAAAGAGUAAAUCUGCCUCCCUUGACCUCUUCAAAAAAACACAACAUCACUCAUCCUCUGUAAGUGAUGAGGGAGGUUUAGCUUCCCCUGUUUCUGCUGAAGGCCACUUACAGGCAGAGGGUGGCAACGUUUCAGUUGAUGUUGGAGAAAAGGUUAAAGGCAAAAAAGGAAAGUUGAAGUUUGCUACAAUUGGAGGUUUUGGCUCAAAAAGUAAAGGUUCAUAUGAAGUGACAGAUGAAAAUGAGGUUAGGAUUGAGGGUGCUGGUGGAGUUGCUCAGUCUUCAAAGAAGUCCAGAAUGUCAUCAUCAUCUAGCAGUGAUAGUGGUUCAAAAAGCAGUUUUCGGCUACCAGAUCUCGAAAUAGCGGUUUCGCCAAAGAAAUAGGUUUCAUGCUAUUAUCUAUACACAGUAUAUUCACACACACUUUUUUUCAGUCUAGAUGACUGUGUAAAUCUGUCUUUCAUUUAAGCAAUGGUGCACUGCCAUAUUGACUGUUUCUUCAAUUCCCACAUAUGUUCUUUACAGGCAUUGAUAUAUAUAUGUAUUUUUUUUAAUCACAAUUUAACUGUAAAUAGGAGAAAACUGUUAUGUAAUUUUAGUUUUGUUUUGUAGAUAGGAAAUGCAAAUCCAAUCCAACAAUGUGUGUAGUUAAUAUAAAAAUCAUCUGUCAUCUGAUAACUUGUUCUAUUUUUGUACCUUUGAAAAUGUUUGAAACUCUGUUGUCCUUUCUAAAAUUGUCUGGACACAUUUAAAUGCAAGAGGAAUGAUUUUAGUUAGAUUUGAAAGGAUUUUAAGACUUAAUCUUCACGUAUAUAUUUAGUGCUGUAUCAUAUGUACUUAUCACAUAUGAAUAACUAAUUUGAGCAGUGAUAAACCAGAUCUUAUUAGUGAGCACAAUGAAGUUUUAAGGGCUGUACAAACUGUAAAUAAAUUGAUUCAAAACGAAUACAUGGGAUAACAUAAAUUUGUGUCCCAAAUAUUAUCACAGUUCAGAUAUUAUGGAAUUUAUUAUUUGAGAUUAUAAUCUUCUAAAGUAUUUAUAUGUAAGACUAUUUUUCAAUGAUUGCUUGAGUCUCUUUAAAAUGCACACCAGGAAGCAGCUGGCAAAAGCUGUGACAUGCUUUGAUUUUUAAUGGUUUCUAAGGCAUUUUUUCUUGGUUAUAUUUUCCACAUUUCUUUACAUCCGGUUGACUCUCUCUCUUCCUCUUACUAAAUUUAUGAAAUGUUGUGCUGUCAUCAUGUGGUGAUAUAACUACAGGAAUGCUAAUGCCAACGGUAAAACAUUAAUAUUUUUGAAAAGGCAUAAAAUGUGCAUUGCUCUUGUAAAUAAUGGGACAUUUAGGCUGCAAGUUUCUAACUUUUUUUCCUUGUAUCAUUUGCAAAAAUUUAAAUAAAGUGAUCAAAUAUCAAUA